AUGCUUGCAGCGACGGUGGAGUUCAGCAAGACUAACCUGCAAGGGGAGAGGGGAGGAAGAGUGUUGGGGAUGUGGUGUAAUAUAAGGUAUGAAUUGUACAAAUUCUACGACGGGACGGCCAUGCUUCAGCUUUCUUCUGAUCAGUCGCCAUCGUCACCAUUGCCCACAAAUGCCUUAAUGUCAAAUGUUACCCAUCCACCGGCUGAUUUAUCUCAUGGAGGAAGCAAUACAGUGCGCACUAUUAUGUCAAUCACUCUUUCUCUACUAGUUGUGCUUGUUCUCCUUACAGUUGCUUGUUUGUACUUCAGGAGAAGAAGGUCAAAGAUGAAAAUACCUCGUGAGGAUAUCCCUGAGCAGCUUAUAAAUGUGGAAUCUUUAUUUUUUGAUCUAUCUACACUUGAAUUAGCAACAUCAAAUUUCUCAGAACACAACAAGCUUGGUGAAGGUGGCUUUGGAUCAGUCUACUUGGGAUUACUACCUGAUGGACGAGAAAUAGCAGUGAAGAGACUAUCAACGAGAUCGAGGCAAGGGAUUAAUGAUUUAAGAAAUGAAAUGAUUCUAAUUGCUAAACUCCAACACAAAAAUCUUGUGAGACUACAUGGUGUUUGUCUGGAAGAUCAAGAGAAGUUGCUCGUUUACGAAUAUGUGCCCAACAAAAGCUUAGAUACCAUUUUAUUUGAUCCAAUAAAAAGUAAGCUUCUAGACUGGGAAAAGAGAUACGAGAUAAUAGAAGGAAUUGUUCGUAAGCUUCUACUUUACCUACAUGAAGACUCCCAACUCAAGAUCAUUCACAGAGAUCUUAAAGCUAGCAAUAUAUUGUUAGAUGCAGACAUGAACUCAAAAAUUUCAGACUUUGGAUUGGCUAGGCUUUUUGGAGUAGAUGAGACUCACGAGAUGACAAGUUGUGUUGUUGGAACAUAGUAAGUUGAAUAAAUCUCAAACUUUUAAAUUUCAGUAG